UUUCCAACAUUGUUAACUGACUCCCCUUGUUCUCCCAAAGCUAGAGCAAGCUCAUCAUUAUAAAAGAAUAUCAAAUAAUAUAGAGGUAAGAAAACUUUGGUCUGAGGAGCAACACUUACCAGGAGUCCCCAAAAACCAGAUUCCUGAUGUGAAUUCAUGUCUUCUAUAUGAACAUUUUCAAUUAAUUAAUUACUGCAUUUCUCGGAAAAGGUUCCGUGUUGUUGCCACUGAAUCUCUCGACUCUAUGAUGAUGCAAGCUAGCUCAGACGCAAAAGAAUCAUCUGAUUAUAAUGCUGGAGCUCCUGCAAGCACUGUUCUAUAUGCUAGAUUAAACAGUGGGGAGCUUGUUCUACGCCUUGGCGCAAAUCAUCCUGCUGGAGAUAUGACAUUGUUGGAAACUGGCGAGCCUGUGUAUUCUCCGGUCAGCCAGGAAGGGCCUUUGCUUACUGAAGAUCUUAUCAAGGAAACAGAGGAGUUUGUGCUGCGGACUCGGAGGUUUCCGCUGGCUUCUUCUCGGCACUCUUUAGGUUUCGCCGGCUCGAUGAAAGUUUCUUCCGGCCCCGCGGGGUGGUGCUCCUUGGAGUGGUAGUCUUGACAAUCUUGGCACGAUUCGACUUAGGAUCUUCAGAAGAAAUUGGUGUUCCUGUCGGCGCUGCCAUUUCCACCUCUUCCACUUUUCUCAAAACCUACAGUGGGUUUUGAUAUCUGAGUCGGACUUG